GCCGCUCAUUACCGCUAUCAAACACGUUAGCCGCUGUACACCUUUAAAUGUCCAGAUUUCCUCUCGUCCGCGGCUUUAGUGGAUCUCAGGAGAUUAUUAAAGCCCUGGCAGGCUUUAAAAGCUCUAAAGAUCACAAUUAUCUCGCGAUUUGUAGUGAUUAUCUGAAAUCUCACGAGACCUGCGCUUUUGUUGACGAUCUCCAGGAAACGCAAAGCUCCGGUUGCACCUUUUCCGCUUUAACAGGAAAGACGAGGACAUUUCAUUAUUAAAAAACCUUUUCUUCAUCAUUUACACUGCUUUUCGCUUUCAGUUUACUCCGCUUCCAGGAAAUAGCGACCUGUAGAGUUCGUAAUCCACUUGUGGAGCCGCCCUGAGGCCUGUAUGUGGCGUAUUAUGUUCGCGUGAAAACAAAAGAGUCGUGUUUGUUUACAUUUGAAGCUGAUUCGGAUCUUGAAUUGAGUGUAAACUGUAGUGUAAACAUGCCCGGCGCGCGCGAGAUUGGGUUGUUGGGUGCCGCGCUCGCGUUCACUGGAGGCGUCGCGUGCGCGCUCUGCUACCUGAUGCAGAAAACAACACAAGAGCCAAAGAAAAAACCCAAAGAAGAGCCCAAAGAGAAACCAGAACACGAGCAUAAAGCCAACAAGACUGAAACUGCACGAAAAACGCCCUUAAUAACAGAGCCCAGGACUGCAGGGACUCAGGUGCUGGUUUUGGGUCUGGAUGGAGCAGGAAAGACCAGCUUACUGCACUGUUUCGCUACAGGUAGCCUGGAGCAGGACGUCAGUCCGACUCAAGGCUUCAAUGCUGUCUCCAUCAACAAAGAAGAGCUGCAGAUCGAGUUCUUAGAGAUUGGUGGUUCAGAGAAGCUGCGUGAGUACUGGCGGAUGUAUCUGAGUAAAGCUCGUGUGUUGGUGUUCGUGGUGGACUCCUCUGAUCCGGAGCGAUUCCCUCUGGCCAAACAUCACCUGCAGCAGCUCCUGUCUGCGGACCCCGGCCUGCCGCUAGUGCUGCUCGCUAACAAACAGGAUGUUUCCGGAGCUCGUGGGAUCACGGAUCUGUAUGAAGCUCUGGAUCUGGGGAAUGUUGGUGACGGGCAUCAGCUCAGUGUGAUCGGCACUCAGGUGAAGAAAGGGAAAUGUGAAAUAAACGCCGGUGUGCAGGACGCCAGAGACCUCAUCAUAGAGAUGAUGGCGAACCAUUGACCACCGCUGACCACAGCUAUUCACCGACACCAAAGAAUCUUCAAAACACUAGACGAUAACCAUCUGCAGUAGGACUGAGACUAGAGGAUGUAGUUCAUUCUUUAAUUUCCUCACUGCUUACUCUUAAUAAAUGGUCAACUUUCUUCUGUUCAGGUGACACUUUAGAAUAAUGGUCCAUUAUUUCAUGUACUACCACCAAGUAUGAAUAAUCUUGUAAAGCAUUUAUUAAGCAUAGUUCCACGUUAACUAAUGCAUUAUUAUUAUUAUUAUUAUUAUUAUUAUUAUUAUUAUUAUUAUUAUUAUUAUUAAUGCACUGUGAGUUAACAUGAACGUCAUUUAACUCAAAUAACACUAGCAAACAUGAAUGAAUAGCGUAAUGACUGUAUUCCUAAUAGUUUGCUCAUGCUAGUAAAUACUAAUGGACCAUUAUUUUAAAGUACUGGUGUUGAAUGCAAAAAAGUAAUAAUAAGAUAUUCUGUAGAAUGUUGGGGACAAAGCAUCCAUUGACAUUAUUGUAGGAACAAAAAUACUAUGGAAGUCAAUGGCUGUUUUUUCCCAGCAUAUCUUCAUUUGUGUUCAACAGUGGAAAGAAACUUAAAUCGGUUUGGAACAUGUGAAAGAUAAGGAAAUGAUGACAGAAAUUUCAUUUUUUUGGGUGAACUGACCCUUUAAAGGAACAGCCAUUUGGGAAAUAAGCUCAUUUUACAGCGCUCACAGAGUUAAACUGAUAAUUUUGACCUUUUUUGGAUCAAUUCAGCCAAUCUCCGAGUCUAGCGGGAGCACGUUUAGCUUAGCUUAGCAUAGAUACUUGAAUCGGAUUAGACCGUUAGCAUCUCACUCAAAAAUGAGCAGAGAGUUUGGAUAAUUUUACUAUUUAAGCAGAAGAGACAGAAGCUUUAAAUAAGAAAAUGAUCAAAACUCUGGUCAUGUUUGAAUGAGAUGCUAACGGUCUAAUCUGAUUUAAUGAACUAUGCUAAGCUAAGCUAAAAGCGCUCCCGCCAACCCAAAGAUCAGCUUAAUGAAUAAAAAAAAAAAGGGUAAAACUCUGUCAGAGCUGUAAAAUGAGCCUAUUAAAACAAUAAUGGUGUUCCUUUUAACCAUUUAAUGACACUAAAACCUUACGAUUGCUUAGAAUGAGCAUGAUAAUGAUGCAUUUUGAAAAAGAUGCCAAAGAUGAUCAUGUUUGCUGCUGCUGUUGUGAUUGUGUGCAUUAUGACAGGGUUGAGUGUGUUCUGAAGAUGUGUGUUUGUGUUAGAUGCUUUAAUGGGUUCAUUAUGUACAGUAAGAACGUCCUGUACUGCAAAUGUCUGUAUCUUCAUUUUGCAUCAUGACCUGUCCUUAAUUGGCUUUUAAUACCAGAAAUGGAGGGAGGAUUUGAUAUUUUUUUGCAACGAUGUGUUUUGAU